GGGAAAGGGGCUUGUGGGCGGUAUCGUGUGGGCAGCGCAUAUCGAUAUCAGAUCUCGCGAUGGUGGCUCCCGCGAAGUCCUCUUAUCCGAUGCUGUCAGUGGCUGAAGGGCUGCAGCACGUGAUGGAGGCAGUCAAGAAGAGAGGCCCCGCCACGACUGACACCGUGGCCAUCCAGUCGGCGUUCGGACGCACCCUGGUCACAAAGGAAGAUCACAGACGGAGAUGGCCGGAUCACACUUUGCAGUGUGUGCAAGGGUCCGUUCUUCUGCUUGUGUGUGUGUGACAGGCGGAGGACGUGACGGCUCCGUUCCCCCAUCCCGCAUUCCCUGCAUCCAUCGUGGUGAGCCAACACGCACUCAGCGAACGACGUGAGCUGCUUAUGUGUGAUGGUGUCUGUCUGUGUGGGGUGGUCAAUCCAUCCAUCCAUCAGGACGGCUAUGCACUUCACUUGGGAGGGAGUGGAUCAGGUAGGCAAAGAGAGGGCUGGCCGCCUUCAGCACUGUCAAACGACUUGAUCGUCUGAUCCUUGGUUUGUGUCAGCAGCGUAUUCCGUCGUCAGCGAGAGCUUUGCCGGCGCCGAGGGGAUCGUUACGCUCAAGCCCGGUGAGAGAGAGGUGUGUCUGCGAGGGCAGCGCGAGAUGGCCCAUACCUCCCUGUGUCUGUCCGUGUUGUGCAGGCGAGGCAUCUUACAUCACGACGGGCGCGAAAGUGCCAGACGGCGCAACCGCUGUGGUGAGUGCAGUGCGAGAUCCAAUGCGGAAAGACCCCAGCCAGUUGCCCAUCCUCCACGUGUGUGUAUGGGUGUCAAUCACUUCCCGCUCAGGUGCCUGUGGAGCAGUGCAGUGUGGACAAGCAGACGGUGACCAUCCUGACCUGUGAGUGAGCAGAGGGCACUCAUUUCUGUGUCUGUGGACUGACUGCGUGCCAUGUGUACGCCUAUGUGAAUGGCCAGGCGAUGUGAGUGCGGGUCAGAACAUCCGCCCGGUGGGGUCUGACAUCCCGCAGGGCACUGUCGUACUCAACAAGGGGCUCAAGAUGGGAAGCGCUGAAAUCGGUACGCAGUGGGAUGUGUGUAUGCUAUGCUAUGAGCUGCUCAUCCUUGCUUGCCGUGUGCUGGUGUGCGUGCGGUGCGCCAUGCAGGUGUGUGCUGCACUGUGGGUAAGGCCUCUGUGCUCGUCUACCGGCCUCCAAGGAUCGCCAUCCUCUCCACAGGUGGGUGGGUGGCUGGGGAUGGCACACCACAAGGGUCACACGGCCAUGAGUCCAGACCUGGGUGCUCCUUUCCUUUGCUCCCACAAUAGGCAAUGAGGUUGUUUCCAUCGGCAACCAGGCAUCGCUGCGCAGCGGGCAGAUAUUCGACAGCAACGGGCCCAUGCUCAAGGCACAGGUGGAGGGCGAUGGCGCAGUCGUGACGGAGCUCACGCACCUCAACGACGACAAGGUGGGCAAAGGAGGAAGGUUACGCAUGGGAACGCACUCACGGUGUAUGUGUUGGUCUGUCAGGGUGUGAUCGGGGAGUAUUUCCGGAAGCAGCAGGAGAGUGAUGUGGACAUCAUCAUCACGACCGGAGGAGUCAGGUGACUCACACAAACAGAACAGACAGAGAGUGUGCGAGCGAACGCAACAAUCAAUCGUGUGAUGUGAUGCCUGUGUCUGUCCAGCAUGGGUCGGAGUGACUACGUCAAGCCCCUGCUCGAAGAGAUGGGCCAAGUCAUCUUCGGGAGACUCAACCUCAAACCAGGCAAACCAGCUGACAAUGAAUGGCACACACAUCACACCACUGCACACCUAUACAUCUGCCAUCCCCAAUGACAGGCAAGCCGACGACGUACGGCCACCUGCCGUCCAAGGGGCGUCCAGAAAGCCCCAUCCAGGUGUUCGCCCUGCCCGGCAACCCCGUGUCUGUGUGGGUGACGUACCACCUUUUUGUGGUGCCCGUGAUGCGAGCCAUGCAGGGAGGUGAGCAGAGGGGAGAGAAGAGAUGCUAUUCUCAGUGUCUCACUCACCUCAUUCGUGUGUGUGUGUGUGUGUGUGUGAUUUUGUGUUUCAGUGGAUGUGGGUGCGGUAGGGUGGCCGUGUGUGGAUGUCGAGGUGCAGCAGGACCUGCAGCUGGACAAGGAGCGACCCGAGUACCACCGCUGCGUCGUCUAUGCGGAGGACACGGCACCAUCAUGGGGCAGACGGAAGCUCAAAGCCAUCUCCACCGGACACCAGGUCCGCGCCCUCCGCAAUGGUGACGCCCAACAGACGCCUUUGUUGUUCAUCAGAUCUCCAGUCGCCUGUUGAGCUCUGUGGGUGCGAACGGCCUACUGCAACUGCCGGCGCAGAAGGACACCAAGGGCAGCAAGAUCCCCCGGGGCUCCACCAUCUCGGCUUUGCUCAUCGGUGCCAUCGCCAGUGUGCCCCCGCCGAUGGAGGUGCCGCCGGUGCCCUCAGGCCCCGUGUGCAAGUGCGGCAUGGUUCACGAGGAAGGGACGCCACACGCACACCAGACCAACGGAACCAAGCCCAAGCCGACGGCGGCAGUGCAUCCGAGUUUGGUUCAUGCCGCUGUGAGUGAGAGAGAUGACAAAGGAGAUGGGCAGAUGCGAUGCGACGCAAGGCGGAUAUGGUUGCUCUGUUGAUUGAAAUCAGAGUGCUGGCGCGCCAAUGCCCAAGGACGGUGCCGGAUACUCGGCUGCAGUGCUGGUCUGCUCGGACCGCUGCAGCAGGGGGGAGGCAGAGGACAGAUCAGGGGUGAGCUCAGCUGAGCUCGGCUCACACACACAAAAGAGAGAGCCCCAUCUGUCUGUCGACGAGUCAUGCAUGUCUGCCUGCCUCCCUGUGUGUGCACGUGUGUGUGCAGCCCGUUGCUGUCGAGUACCUGAGCGAGCAUGCGGGGUUCCCCCUGACGGUCCACGAGCUGGCCAUCGUGCCGGACGAGAUCGACGCCAUACGCACACAAGUCAACAAAUGGUACACACAGAUGUCUGUCCGGGCGGGGAUGGAGGGAGGAAGGCAUUGGUCUGGUCGAGCCGUGAUGUGUGUGUGUGUGUGUGUGUAGGGUGUCCGAGGGCAUGCAGCUGAUCGUCACAUCGGGCGGCACCGGAUUCGCCGUAAGUGAAGUGCCUGCACCCAUUCUAUAUUUCAUUCUGUGUGUUGCUGCGCUGAUUGGUCAGCCCCGCGACCGCACCCCCGAGGCGUUGGAGCCGCUGUUUGACCGCCGAUGCCAUGGGCUCACGCACCAGAUGAUGGACGCAAGCCUCCAGGUACACACGGCCUACAUCACUCACAUCUCAUCCAUGUGUGUGCGUCGGAAUGACGUGUGUGUAUGCCUUUGGCGCAGGCGACGCCGACUGCAGGCCUCUCCCGGCUGACUGCAGGGAUUAUCAAACUCACGUAUGUACGAUAAGAUCGCCAGCGGCAGCAGCAAACGAUUGAAGGGACAGCCACCUGUUUGUUCUCUUCAUGUCUGCCGUGUGCUGUGUUGGCUGCCCAGGUUGGUCCUGGCUCUUCCCGGUUCACCCAAAGCGGUAAGUGAGUGAGUUGAACAACACGCGGCACGUGGCAGGCCGUUUGUGUGGUGUGUGUGUCUGUGUGUCCUGUCUGCCUGUGUGUGUCAGGUGCGGGAGUGUCUGGACGCCGUCAAGGUGCCCCUGCCACAUGCUCUGAGGCUCAUCAACUCCUGAGUAGUGAGUCAAGGCGACAGAGAGCUUUUCUGUGAGUGGGAGUUUUUGCCACCUGUCCAUCAUGCCGGUGUUGGUGCAUACGUAUCAGUAGACAGGGAAAAAGGUGUGCGGUGUCCUCCGUGUGUGUGUUUGCGUGUUCGUGCACUCGAAAAGAGUCGGUGGACGAAUCAGUGUCAAGUGUGUCGAAAGAGCAGCCCAGUGUGUGUGAUUGUGGUGGUCAAUGACACACGCAGGAAUGGAUGGAUGGAUGGAUGGAUAAUGGACCAACAAUCGCAGAAUGACUAAUAAGACACAUACACGACUGAAAUCGCAUUGCUCACACACACACGAAGUGACACACACACACACACGAAGUGACAUGGAUGGCAUGCUCGCGCGCGGCGGGCCCUUGACGGAUGGCUGAGCAGAUGGAUGGCUGAACGGAUGGCUGGCC